GAGCAUUCCACCAUUGAUUCUGUUCCUUUAUUAGUUAACAAACCAAACACUUUUGAGAUUUACAUAAGAACGCCUCUACUUUGUUUCAAUAUUCAUACUGUUGGAAUUUCGCUAAAAGUGAACUAAAUAUUUUUUUUUAUACGAAAUUGAGGUUGAAGUGUCUACCGAUGGAAAUAGCAGCAGUAUCAUCUUCAUCAUUCACUACCGGAGCUCGAGCUUCUCCUUCCUUCUUCUCUGAUGAUCGCUGUCUUCCCUUUCUGAAUCCGAUCGCUCCGUCGCUGUUCCUUCCUGCUUUUAGAUCCUCUGCUCUCGUCGUUACCAGAACUAAAAAGGGUUAUAUACAAGGAGUACUUAUUAGUACAACCACCGUGCAUGCAGAAGGAAGAGAAAAAAAUCUUUAGCUAGGAUGACUGUAAGUGGAGAUAACUCGGAGACUAUAGAGUUGGCUGCAACCGAAAUGAUUUUUGAGCCGAUUUUGGAGGAAGGAGUUUUCCGGUUUGACUGUUCCGUGGAGCAAAAGAAAGCCGCAUUUCCAAGUGUUUCUUUCAAGAACAGCAAAGACCGGGAGGUGCCAAUUACACGUCACAAUGCUCCAGCAUAUAUUCCUACUUGUUCCUGUCUUGAGGAGCAACAAGUCGUCACUUUUGAGUUUUCUCUAGGCACGUCGUUUUAUGGGACUGGAGAAGUUGGUGGCCAGUUGGAGAGAACAGGGAAACGGGUUUUUACAUGGAACACUGAUGCAUGGGGAUAUGGCUCUGGAACCACUUCAUUGUACCAGUCACAUCCAUGGGUACUAGCGGUCCUUUCAACUGGAGAAACACUCGGUGUUCUUGCUGAUACAACACGAAAGUGUGAGAUUGAUCUAAGGAAAGAGGGAAUCAUAAGAAUUAUCGCUCCGGCAUCAUAUCCGAUUAUUACAUUUGGUCCAUUCUCCUCACCAACUGCUGUCUUGGAGUCCUUGUCGCAUGCCGUUGGAACUGUUUUUAUGCCUCCAAAGUGGGCCUUAGGAUACCAUCAAUGCCGUUGGAGUUAUAUGUCGGACAAGCGAGUAGCCGAGGAGCGUUUUCCCGACCCUAGUGCUUUGGCAAAACAUCUCCAUGAUAGUGGUUUCAAAGCGAUAUGGAUGCUUGACCCUGGAAUAAAGCAGGAGGAAGGUUAUUCUAUCUACGAUAGUGGAAGUAAAAAUGAUGUUUGGGUUAAACAAGCAGAUGGGAAGCCCUUUAUUGGUGAAGUAUGGCCUGGACCUUGCGUUUUCCCUGACUAUACAAAUUCCGAAACUCGCUCUUGGUGGGCUAAUCUGGUUAAGGACUUUAUGUCAAAUGGUGUUGAUGGUAUAUGGAAUGAUAUGAAUGAGCCUGCAGUUUUCAAAGUGGUGACAAAGACGAUGCCUGAGAACAAUAUUCACAGGGGAGAUGAUGAGCUUGGAGGUGUUCAAAACCACUCACACUAUCACAAUGUCUACGGGAUGCUGAUGGCAAGGUCAACUUAUGAAGGGAUGGAGCUAGCUGAUAAGAAUAAGCGACCUUUUGUAUUGACAAGAGCUGGAUUCAUAGGUAGCCAGAGAUAUGCUGCAACUUGGACAGGAGACAACCUUUCAACAUGGGAGCAUCUACAUAUGUCUAUAUCCAUGGUACUUCAGCUGGGGCUUAGUGGUCAGCCCUUAUCAGGGCCAGAUAUUGGUGGCUUUGCUGGCAAUGCAACUCCGCGGCUAUUUGGACGUUGGAUGGGCGUUGGAGCUAUGUUCCCGUUUUGCCGUGGCCAUUCUGAGGCUGGCACUGAUGACCAUGAACCGUGGUCCUUCGGAGAAGAGUGUGAGGAGGUCUGUCGUGCUGCAUUGAAGAGGCGUUACCAACUCUUACCACAUUUUUACACCCUAUUUUACAUUGCGCAUACAACUGGUGCUCCAGUUGCAGCUCCGGUCUUUUUUGCUGAUCCAAAAGAUUCACGAGUAAGGACCGUUGAAAAUGCCUUUCUUUUGGGCUCACUUCUUAUCCAUGCAAGCACUUUGUCUAAUGAGGGAUCACACGAGUUGCAGCAUAUAUUGCCUAGAGGAACUUGGUUGAGGUUUGAUUUUGAAGAUUCACAUCCGGAUUUGCCGACAUUAUAUUUACAAGGUGGAUCCAUCAUAUCACUUGGUCCUCCACAUCUGCACGUUGGGGAAUCUAGUCUGUCAGAUGACUUAACCUUACAUGUGUCAUUAGAUGAAAAUGGGAAAGCUGUAGGACUCCUAUUUGAAGAUGAUGGAGAUGGAUAUGGCUACACGGAAGGCAGAUAUCUAAUUACACAUUAUAUUGCUGAGAAACAUUCUUCCAUUGUUACGGUGAAGGUUUUAAAAACUGAAGGAGAGUGGGAGAGACCAAAUCGCCGUAUUCAUGUUCAGUUAUUGCUCGGCGGAGGUGCAAUGCUUGAUGCUUGGGGAAUGGAUGGAGAGAUUAUCCAGAUUAAGUUGCCUUCAGAAAGUGAAGUUUCAGAGUUAAUAUCCACAAGCAAUGAGCGCUUUAAACUUCAUAUGGAAAAUACAAAACUGAUACCUGAGAAGGAAGUGAUACAUGGACAAAAGGGAAUGGAACUUUCAAGAGAGCCAGUUGAGUUAAACAGUGGCGAUUGGAAACUUAAUAUUGUUCCUUGGAUUGGUGGAAGGAUAUUAUCUAUGACACAUGUUCCCUCAGGAGUUCAAUGGCUUCAUAGCAGGAUAGAUAUCAAUGGUUAUGAAGAGUACAGUGGUACUGAGUACCGGUCAGCUGGAUGCACUGAAGAAUAUAAUGUUAUUGAGAGGGAUCUGGAACAUGCAGGAGAGGAAGAAACUCUUAUCCUAGAAGGUGAUGUAGGCGGCGGACUAGUUCUUCGACGUAAGAUCGCCAUACCCAAAGACAAUCCCCAAGUUUUUCAGAUUGCUUCUAGCAUUGAAGCCCGUAAUGUUGGUGCUGGUUCUGGUGGAUUUUCAAGGCUAGUAUGCUUAAGGGUCCAUCCAACAUUCUGUCUUAUGCAUCCAACCGAAUCAUUUAUUUCAUUCACGUCGAUUGAUGGUGAAUGGAUGCUAGUGGACAAGAGCCUCAAUCUAAGAUUAGUUAACAGGUUCAACGUUAGUCAGGUCUUUAAAUGCAUUGUACACUGGGACUGUGGAACCGUGAACUUGGAGCUAUGGUCUGAAGACCGACCUGUUUCAAAGGAAUCUCCUCUGAAAAUAGAGCAUGAAUAUGAAGUCACAAGCUUCCCAUUAGUGUGUUGAAGUGGUGUAUUUACCAUAUCAAACUCAUUCCUACUAUUUGCAUAAUUAAAUGAAUGAGCAGUGCUGGUUUAGAUUUACACUGUCAAUGUAAUGUGAUUUAUGCAUAUAGUUGAUACCAAAAUGAUCCAAUGUGUGAGCUUGGAACCUGACUAGGGCCGGUCUAGUAUAUAUAAACCCUAUUACAAAAAUUUUAAGAUGAAAAUUGUUAGGAUUAAUGGUUUAAACCGGUUUUUGUCAAAUUUUCGUUGGGAUUAUUUGAUCUGUACAACAAGUUUGUUGACAACAUUAUAUAGGCAAGUCAUGCGGUUUGUAUAUCUUUGCAACAAUCUUUCAACGUAUAGGAACCGGC